AUGGCGUUGGUUCCAUUUCGUAAAGACAAAUAUUUGGACAUAUUAAUUGUGAGUUUUUCGCGUGCGGCUGUGCGUCGCGGUCGAGAAACAAUCGAUUUUUGCGACCGCGACGCAGAGCCGCACGCGACUGACGCAAUUAUUUCCAGACAUGCUCAUUAUCCGGUCAAAUAACCGCAAUCAACAGUGAAAAUGGUCAAAUCCUGUGGAGAUUUCAAGAAAAAGAAGGCCCAUUUUUGAACGGAAGCCUAAGUUCAGCCGGUGUUUUUAAAAUCGGCGGCGAAAAUGUUCAAAUUAUGCCGACUUUGGAUGGUAGAAUCUAUAUUUAUUCGCAUAAAUCGAAUUUGAUUCAACCAUUAUCGAUUACUAUUGAAAAAUUGCUGCAGGUAUGGAUUUUUGGGGAGAAAAUUGGUGAAAUUUUCAAAUUUUAGGUGGAUUUUCACACGAAAAACUCAAAUUUUCAGCUGAAAAACGUUUUUCGAGAAAACGUGGCCGAGGAAUUCAAAUAUGUCGGUUGCUAGGCCACUGCAUUUGGAUUUCUCGGUCACAUUAUUUUUUUCGAUGGAAAAUCGGAUUUUCGAGCUUUUCGUUGAAAUUUAGGUUAUUUUUUGAGGAAAAAAAUAUUUUUCAUUGAAAAUUGGGGAAUUUUCAAGUUUUUGGUGAACUUUUACACGAAAAACUCAAACUUUCAGUUGAAAAACGUUUUUCGAAAAAACGUGGCCGAGGAAUUCAAAUCUGUCGGUUGCUAGGCCAUUGCAUUUGGAUUUCUCGGCCAUGUUAUUUUUUUGGAAGGAAAAUCGAAUUUCCGAGUUUUUCGGUGCAUUUUAGGUCAUUUUUUGAGGAAAAAAAGAUUUUUCAGUGAAAAUUGGUGAAAUUUUCAAGUUUUGGGUGAAUUUUGAGGAAUUUUCACACCGAAAACUCAAAAUUUCAAAAGAUUUUCGGCUGAAAAACGUUUUUCGAAAAAAACGUGGCCGAGGUAUUCAAACAUGUCGGUUGCUAGGCCAUUGCAUUUGGAUUCCUCGGCCACGUUAUUUUUUUCGAAGGAAAAUCGAAUUUUAGGUCAUUUUUUGAGGAAAAAAAAGAUUUUUUCAGUGAAAAUUGGGGAAUUUUCAAGUUUUUGGUGAAUUUUGAGGAAUUUUCACACCAAAAACUCAAAUUUUCAACUAUUUUCAGCUGAAAAACGUUCUUCGAAAAAACGUGGCCGAGGAAUUCAAAUCUGUCGGUUGCUAGGCCACUGCAUUUGGAUUUCUCGGCCACGCUACUUUUUUCACUGAAAAUCGGGUUUCUAGGCUCAUUUUUCACCAAAUUUCUUGCAGUCAACCCUAUCUUCCGCUUCCGAAUCAGUUUGCGGCGGAACAACGAUAAAAACCACCAAAAUCGACGCGGAAACCGGAAAAAUCGUCGAAAAUCUCGACGAGAGCCGCAAAAUCUUGCUUUUGAAGAGGAUUUCGCGGAAAAUCGCGGUUUUUGAGGCUGAAACUGGCGUCGAAAAAUGGAGUCUAUCAACUGGAGAAUUGGAAUUGAGCAGCACAUUUAAUAUGGGCUCAGAAAAUGGCUCGAAAAUUGAAAAAACUAUCGAAUUACGACCUCCUGAUGGAAUAGUUAGCCGAAAUGAUUUGGACAAAAAUUGGACAACUGAUAUAAAUGGGCAUAUUGUGAAAUGCUGGAAUUUGGUUGGAAAUCAUAUAAAUGAGGUGGGGGGAAAAUUUAAAUUUUUGAAUUUCGCGCCAAAUUUUUGAAUUUUACAGAUCAGCCUCUUCAACCCAUCCAACAUUUUCACAACCGCCAAAAAUCCAAAUUCAAAUCCAAUUUUAUACAUGGGGACUUCAAAUGGUUAUCCAUUUAUAAUUCAAAGUGAAAAAGCCAAGAAAAUUGUGGAAAAACAAUUUUUGGAUGAAAAAAAUGAAAAAAAUGUGGAGGAAAUUGGAAUAUGUGAAGAUAGUUUGAGUAAGUUUUGCGGGCUCAAUGCUGACGCAAAUUUUGUAGUUUGAAAAUUUGCAGAAAAUGAAGGCUACCGAAAAUGCGUCAGCAUUGAAUUCUAGAUGAUUUUAUAGGGAAUUUGCUGACGCAUAUUUUGCAGGCUACCAGAAAUGCGUAAGCGUUGAUUUUUAUCUCAUUUUAUAGGGAAUUUGCUGACGCAUAUUUUGCAGGCUACUAAAAAUGCGUCAGCGUUGAAUUCUAGAACAUUUCAUAGGAAAUUUGCUGACGCAUAUUUUGCAGGCUACCAAAAAUGCGUCAGCGUUGAAUUCUAGAUGAUUUUAUAGAGAAUUUGCUGACGCAUAUUUUGCAGGCUACCAAAAAUGCGUCAGCGUUGAAUUCUAGAUGAUUUUAAAGGGAAUUUGCUGACGCAUAUUUUGCAGGCUACCAAAAAUGCGUCAGCGUUGAAUUCUAGAUAAUUUUAUAGGGAAUUUGCUGACGCAUAUUUUGCAGGCUACCAGAAAUGCGUCAGCGUUGAAUUCUAGUUGAUUUUUUUAUGGAAUUUGCUGACGCAUAUUUUGCAGGUUACCAAAAAUGCGUCAGCGUUGAUUUGUAUCUCAUUUUAUAUGGAAUUUGCUGACGCAUAUUUUGCAGCCUCCCUUCUCAACCGCUCCAUCAAAUGCUCAAAAUUCUCAAAUGCGCCCCACCGCACAAAAAAUCUCGCCAUUGUUUUCUUCAACUCAAAAAAUAGUGCUCCGAUUCUAAUUGGCUCCGAAAAUCUUCGCUCAACAUCUUUGCACAAUUCGGGCGAUUAUGGAUAUUUGGUGGUUUUGGAGCAGCGAUUUUUGGGGCUCCGCACGAUUUUCAAGGUUUUGAGCUCGAAAUUUGCACAUUAUUUUAAGUGGGUGCAAUUUUUUGGAUUUCAAAAAUUUUCAAAAAAAAAUUUUCAGAUACAUUUUCAGCUCAUUGCUCAAGUUAUAUUUCAUCAAAAAUCGUCCAAAUUUCUCAGUUAUCAUUCCAAAACCGGCUUCAAAAAUUCUGCUUUUCGAAAAUUCUCAAAAAUCGAUAGAACCCCCCGCUUUUGAGAGCCGAUUUGAAAAAGAAUUUGAAAUUGAGAAAAUCAUUGGGUCUGGUGGAUUUGGUGUGGUUUUUAAGGCAAAACAUCGAUUGGAUGAUAUUAGUUAUGCUGUUAAACGAAUUGCUGUCGAGAAUACGUGGGUUUUUUGAAUUUUUGGCAAAAAAUUAAAAUUCUCAUUAGAGCGCAUUUGAUUCCUGGUGUUUUUCUGAACAUUUUCAUAUAUUUUUCAAGCUCUAAAACUAAUUUUAAAGCUAAUUAUAGCAAAUGCGCUCCAUUGAGAAUUUUGAAAAUAUUCAAAAUUUUUGAAAUUUUAAUUUUUUUACCAAAAAAAAAGAGAAGUUAGGCUAAAUCCUCCAAUUUUUGCAGCGAAAAAUCACGUUCACGUGUAAAACGCGAAGCCCAAACUCUCGCAAUUUUCGACCACCCUGGAAUAAUUCGAUAUUUCUACGCGUGGGAAGAAAAACCGCCAAAAGGAUGGCAAAAAUCGAGAGAUCAAAUGUUGUUUUUGGAAAAUUCGAGUAGUAUUGAAAUACCGAGUACAAUUGGAAAAAGUACGGUUUCGAGUGAUGGAAAUAAUAAAUAUGAGCAAUUUUCGAUUGGAAAAGGAGAUUUUGAAGAAGAAAGUGAUUCGGAUAUUGAAUUUUAUCGGGAAAAUGAAGAAAAUGAAGAAAAUGAGGAAGAAAUUGAGCAAGAGGUAGGAUUUUUGAGAAAUUUCAGAUUUUUUGUGAAAUUUCAGCCUGAAAAUGACAAAAAAAAACAAAAAAACGGGGUUUUUUCUUUACAGAGUCAAACGUGCUCCACCGAAAACAACCGGCAAAUCGAAAUUUUUCAAAAUUCUUCCAAUUCUUCUCCAGUUUAUUUCUACAUUGUAAUGCAAUUAUGCGAAAGUCGAACACUGGCAGAUUGGCUAACUUCAGAAAAUCAAAGAGAUUUGAAAAUCGCGAAAAAUUGGAUUCGACAAUUGACUGAAGCGCUGUGUUAUUUACAUGCAAAUGGGUAUAUUCAUCGAGAUUUGAAGGUAAAGGGGCUUUUGGGGGCCUUUUUAGGCCCGAAAUUUGGAAAAAUCUGAAAAUUUAGGCCCCGAGUGUAAACCGCAAGCUUCCGCGUUAGCGGCACUAUCUUCCGCUUCAGCGGCCGCGCGGAUGGCUAUGACGUGGCAAACUUACACUAUCAUAAACCACGUGGCCGCUGACGCGGAAGAUAGUGCCGCUAACGCGGAAGCUUGCGGUUUACACUCGCUUCGCUCGAAAAUGCAUGAAAAAUUCAAAUUUCUCAUUUUCCCGCCAAAAAAAUCUCCAUUUUUUCCAGCCUGGCAACAUAUUUUUCGCCAUUUCUUCAACAAACUCGGAAAAACGACUGAAAUUGGGUGAUUUGGGUUUGGCGACGAAAAAAUUCGAGAAUUUUGGCGGCAAAAAUCAGGGAGGAACACGGACUUAUAUGGCUCCUGAACAGGUUUGGAUUCAAAAAAUGAAAAAUAAUAAUUUUAGCUCGAAAAAUCGCAUUUUUCAGCUGCAAAACCGUCAAAUCUCGCAAAAAAUCGAUAUUUUCUCACUUGGGCUAAUUUCCAUCGAAUUAUUGAUUUAUUUUCCGACACAAAUGGAAAAAUUGGCAGUUUUCAGGGAUUUACAAAAUGGAAAAUGCCCCGAAUUAUUUCAACAAUUUCCCGCGGAAAUUUCAGAAUUUCUUGGUUUUUUGACAAAUUUCGACGCGGAAAAAAGACCGGAAGCGGAAGAGAUUUUGAAAUCUGAUUUUUUGAAUUGA